AUGGACUAUCUCUCCGAAAACAUCACCAACACGAGUGUAGCAACUUGUUGCCUAGCGCUAAUUGGCGGUCUCGGCAAUAAAGUCUCAUUCCCAAACACCCAACCUUACAACGACUCCAUCAACACUUACUUCUCCCAACAAAAUUCCAACCUCCACCCCCUUUGCAUUGUCUCCCCAACUACAGCAGCAGACGUGUCCACCGCCAUCAAAACAAUAACCUCAACCCUUGAAACCACCAAUUUUGCCAUCCGCUCAGGUGGCCACGCCCCGUUCACCGGCGCAUCCAACAUUGCAAACGGAAUCACCCUCGACCUUCGAGGCCUAAACAGAAUCACCGUAAGCCCCGACCACACGACCGCUUCCAUCGGCGUCGGUGCAGCCUGGGGCGAUGUCUACUCCCAUCUCGACCCAUUAGGCCUCUCAGUCGCAGGAGGUCGCGCAGCCCAGGUAGGGGUCGGUGGUCUGACGACCGGUGGGGGAAUCUCGUAUUUCUCCCCACGGUACGGCUGGACGUGCGACACGGUGACGAACUUCGAGAUUGUGCUCGCCAACGGCACCAUCGUUAAUGCCAACGAGCAUGAGAAUCCGGAAUUGAUGAUCGCGCUGCGUGGCGGAUCCAAUAAUUUCGGGGUUGUCACGCGUGUAGACAUGAAGACGUUCGAGCAGGGUCCUAUCUGGGGAGGAAGUGUUUACCAUUCUGUUGAUACUUAUCAGCAGCAGUUAGAGGCAUUUGCAGGCCUGAAUUCAGCAGAGGGGUACGAUGAGCAUGCGUCACUGAUCACCAGUUUCGGGUUCUCGGAACAGGGCAAAGCUGUAGUGAAUAGUAUUGUGUAUACGAAAGCUGAGGAGAAUCCGGCGGUUUAUCGUCCGUUUAUGGAGAUUCCGAAGCUGUUUAGUACGGUAAGGAUUGCGGGGAUGCAUGAGAUGGCGAUGGAGCAGGGGUCAUUCUCGAAGGAGGGGAAACGGCAGAUGAGUGUGGUUAUGACGCAUGGUUCUACUCUUCCCAUGUUGAAUGCGGUUUACCAGCAUUGGGAUUCUAGUCUUAAGGGUGUCGAAGGUAUUCCCGGUAUGGUGUGGGCUAUUUCUCUUGAGCCAUUGCCCCCGGCUAUCUAUUCCCGCAAUGCCUCUAAGAAUUCAUUGGGUCUUGAUGAUGCGUCUGGUCCGCUGGUUGUGACUCUGCUGAGUGCAACUUGGGACGACGAGUCAGAUGAUGAGAAAGUUGAGAAGGCUGCGCGCGAGCUUUUCGAGCAUAUUGAAAAUGAUGCGCGCAAGUUGGGUGUCUACGAACCAUUCGUUUACCUCAACUACGCUGCGCCAUGGCAAGACCCGAUCGCUAGCUAUAAGAGCGAGUGUGUGGAGAGAUUGAAGCGCGUGAGUCUGGACGUCGAUCCGAAGAGGCUGUUUCAGACGAAAAUACCUGGAGGAUUCAAACUGCCGAAGUAG